CACUUUUCCCUCCCCCCUAUAAAUAACAGCCCAGCUCUUUCAUUUCUCUCUUAAAGCCUAAGCUUAUUCAAAAACACCAAAGCCCUCUCGUCUCUCUUCUCAUUUUCUGAAAGUUACAAUAUGUGUCCGUCCGGUAGAAGUUUAGCUUCAAACACCCAAACUACGUCGGAUUUGAGGGCAGCUUUUGAUAUUCUCGACGCCGACCAUGAUGGGAAAAUAAGCAGAGACGAUCUUCGAAAGUUUUACGCCGGAUUGUCAAGCGGCGACCCCAACGACGACGAUGUUAUAGGGUCGAUGAUAUCUGUGGCGGACUUCAACAAAGAUGGAUUCGUGGAGUACGAGGAAUUCAAGCGUGUUUUGGACGAUAAUGGAAAGAAGAGGAGUCGUAAUAACGGGGUCAUGGAAGACGUGUUUAAGGUUAUGGACAAAGACGGGGAUGGGAAAUUGAGCCACGAAGAUUUGAAGAGUUACAUGCAGUGGGCUGGGUUUGAUGCCAGCGAUGAUGAUAUUAAGGCUAUGAUGAAAUUGGGCGGUGGGGAUGAUAAAGACGGUCUAUCUUUUGGUGAUUUGCUUAAGAUUUUGUCUAUUGACUUGUGAUUCUUAGCUGUCGAUUUUUGUCAUGUUGUUGAUCUAAUAAUGGAUGGAGGUUAUUAAUGAAAAGGAACAGUAUUAUGUUUCCGUUUCUCUUCUGAAACAAGAAAUUGUAUUAUAGUGAGUAAAACUAAGUUUUGUUGGGUUGAGUUCCAUUUGCCUACGUCUCUUUCCAUUGAUUUUGGCAUUUCGGCAGCUUUGAAUCCCUCGUGUUUGUGCCUGUGUUGUCUAGCUUUUGUCAAGAAUAUAUAUUGUGGUGUAUAAUUUUUCGUUCAGUACAAGCUCUUUCUUCUC